AAAACAAACCUGUGUGUGUGUGUGUGUAGCUGGUAGAUGGGUGUGUCAGUCUGACCAGUCACUGUAUAAAUGAAAAGACAGAAAGAGAGGAGAACAAACUCCUAACAGGAGGAGACUCACUCAUGGCCUAUGAGACAGAGGAUCAUGAGACUCAAUACUGCUUUCCUGCCAUCAACUCAUCAUGCAUCAAGGGAAAACGCUCCAGUCAUGAAUACAAUAUAAUGUAUGUGUUUUUUUCAUUGCUGUCAGCAUGGACUGUGUUUCUGAACCUGCUGGUGAUCAUCUCCAUCUCUCACUUCAAGAAGCUUCACACUCCAACAAACCUGAUCAUUCUCUCUCUGGCUGUGGCCGACCUGCUUAUUGGACUUAUUGUGAUGCCCUUAGAGGCCACCAGGCUGAUUGAAACAUGCUGGUACUUUGGAGACACUUUCUGCAGACUGUUUUUAAUAAUCAUGGGACUUCUCUUCUCAGCAUCUCUCAGUAAUUUAGUUUUAGUUGCUGUUGAUCGUUAUGUGGCUGUGUGUCACCCUUUUCUGUACCCACAGAAAAUAACCACAGCUAAAACUUUAAUUAUUGUUUGUAUUUUCUGGGUUUGCUCUUCAGUGUAUAACACUGCAAUAGUUAUGAGUGUAUCACACAAAAAGUAUGCAUGUUAUGGAGAAUGUACAAUUAUGAUUACUUUUGACUGGUCAGUCUCUGAUCUGUUCUUGUCUUUCUUGUUUCCUUGUACCCUGAUCAUAACUUUAUAUUUGAGGAUAUUUUAUGUUGCACAUCAGCAAGUGAAAGUUAUAAACUCUCUGGUGAAGACUGGAAAACAUGUAACUGAAGGUUCAGUGAGGACGAAAUCUGAAAGAAAAGCUGCUCUCACAUUAGGAAUCAUUGUCACAGUUUAUCUAUUUUGUUGGAUUCCUUUCUUUAUUUUGUCACUAACAGAAAACACAGGAAUGGCUUCUACCACAGCCUAUAUUCUAUUAUGGAUUUUGUAUAUUAACUCAGGUCUGAAUCCUCUUAUCUAUGCUUUCUUUUACCCCUGGUUUAAAACGUCAGUUAAACACAUUUUAACUCUUAAAAUAUUCAAGCCAACAUAAUAUCUUUUUGACUUGACCAUAAUAAUGAAUAGCAUAAUAUUAUGACAGAAAUUCUAUGAUUAUUGGUUAAUAAACCCAUGAGAAAUUGUGGGCUAAACAGACAUGAAUUAAAAAAGAAAUUACUAUAUAUGUAAUAAAUAAAAAAUAAAAAAAUCAUAAGAAUAGAAGUUGUGCCAGUUCAUUAAUCACACGCCCAUAAUGUUAUACAAGAAAUCAUAAGAGAAAACCCUAACCCUAGC